AUGGGAAAACUAUCAAUUGCUCAUCUCAUACUGUUCGUGACGGCCGUUGCUACUGGUAGUCCGAAAAAAUAUGUAGACAAGGUCUUACUAGUCUCAAUGGAUGGAUUUCGUUGGGAUUACCUUGACAAGAUGAAUACGCCACAUUUUGAUUAUUUGGCCGAUCAUGGCGUGAAAGUGAAAUACGUUAACAACACCUUCAUAACAGAAACGUUCCCUUGCCAUUACUCCAUAGCAACAGGUCUGUAUGAGGAAAACCAUGGUAUCGUUGCCAAUGAAAUGUAUGAUCCGGUCUUUGAUGCAAACUUCACUAUGGCGAACCAUGAACCUAGAUGGUGGGAAGGUGGAGAACCAAUCUGGAUAACUGCAACUAAACAAUCUGUUAAAUCUGCAACCUAUUUCUGGCCCGGUAGCGAAGUUGCUAUACAUGGUGUCCGACCUGCCAUCUGGAAACUAUACAACCAAUCUGUACUUUUUGAAAAAAGAAUUGAAACGGUCAUAGAUUGGUUCUUAAAUCAAGAUGUGAAACUAGCAACCUUGUAUUUCCAUGAACCUGACCAUACUGGACAUGUAUACGGUCCCUAUUCAGAUGAGAUGAAAGCGCAAGUAAAAUAUAUGGAUAGCGUGUUAGGUUAUAUGAUGGUGAAACUAAAAGCUGCUGGUCUGUUCGAUUCAGUCAAUCUUAUCCUAACAAGUGAUCAUGGUAUGACAACUGUUGACACCACAAAAAGAGUGAACGUGCGAGACUGGGUCAACCAGACUUUGAUUAAAAUGAUACCUAAAGAGGGUCCAGUCAUUCACAUCAUUCCAGAAGACGGUGAAAUAGAUACGGUUUACCAGAUUCUUGAACAACAAAAACAAGACAUGCAUAUGACGGUAUAUAAAAAGGAAGACAUCCCCGAGAAAUUCCACUAUAAGGACAACAGACGUAUACCUCCUAUAAUCGCCAUGGCAGAUGAAGGCUGGUUACUGAUGAAGUACUCUCACUACCAUCCCCAUGGUUCUCACGGUUACAGUAAUGAAUAUAUGUCCAUGAAACCAAUAUUUUUGGCUCAUGGGCCCAAUUUCAAGGAGAAUCACCGACUGACUUCCAUUGAGAGCGUAGAUAUAUAUCCAUUGAUCUGUGAAUUAUUGGGAAUAAACCCAGCACCCAAUAACGGUAGUCUUAGUAAUACUAUGUCCAUGUUAAAAUCCGAUGCUAACAUCAUUGGUUAA